AUGGUACCGCCUACUACUGCGAAACGUCGCAGGACGCAGGAGUUGAUUGACGAUGAUGCCACGCAGGAUUUCAUCGACAAUGAUGCUGAUAGCGUAAGAUCAACUGGCACCUGGGCGCCAGGCCCGAGCAGCCCAGCGACACUUUCUAUGUACGGAAGUGUACCACGCUCACAACCUAGCCAAAUCCCAGUGAACUCGGAAGAGAGUUCGCUGAACCCUCCCCACCGACCUCUUCGACGAUCUGCAGUCAACGCAGCUUCGCCAAUGCGCAAGCAUGCGCGCAUUGAUCUCGGUUAUGUCUCGGAUAUCGCGGAAGCGUACGAUUCCGAAGACGAAGAUGAGCUCGAUGGCGAGGGUAUCGAGGACGAUCCACUAGACACGCAGAUGGAUGAUGCUCCAUUUGAUAUCCCCGAAUGCCAGGAUGUCGGCGAUCUGGACGAACCCGAGCCAGAAUAUAAUGGCCGCUUUGCGCAAUUUGCUAGCCACAUCGAGACACUCGGCUUUCUCCCUUUGAUCGAUGCAGCACGCAUGGACGAGUAUAAAAGCGGAUCGAUGUACGGCAGCGUUCUGACCAAAAAGGACGUCCAAAUCUUUUGGACAGACAUGUCCUUCCAGACCCUCUGCAGCAUGCCAGAGAGAGUCGUCAUCGAGCUCAUCAGCGGCAACUUGAAACAGGCGUAUGAUUCAGAUGUUGACCUUCGACAGACAUUGGAUGGCUUUGAAGAACUUGCAAAGUCACAUCCGUGCAUCUACGCCCGCUCCUUGACCACAGCCGACGGACAGCCGAUGACAAUCGUCCAGGCCAGAAGGCUCGUGAAGUGGCUGCAGAGAUACGUUUCCGAUGAUCCAGAAAUCGAAGAGCACUCGACAUGCAGAGAAGCAUUCCGAAGAAUUGACGCCGAGUUCGGUAGCAAGUGGGCGCGAGCAAACCCUUCCGCUACACGUGCGUACCUCAGUUCCAAAGCAAGCCCCCGCUUGGAAUGUCGUGUCGAUAACGUACUGCUCUUUUGCCAGCAACUCCUCGCAGAAUGCGCGAGGUGUGAGGCCGAGAAGAUACUCUUGAAGCCUCUAACGUAUAUCGGCUACGCUGCGAAAGCUGAUCGUCGCAAGCGACAACACGAAGCCUGCGGAAAGUCUUCCAACUGGCUGGCAACGCUAGUUCAAGCCACUUGCAACGUGUUAUGGGGACGCGGAGUAUUCAAGAUGCACUUCAUGGUCAUCUGUCUUCUUGCCCAUUCGCGGCAAGGUAUGAUAGCGGAGAUGCUACUUACCAGGAUCUCGAGGGCUUACUACAAUAUGGGCGGUGGCUUCUGUAUUGACGUUGCAGGCAAGAGCAUGGAGAGUCUUCGCUUCCAAGACAAGAAUCACCUUCGGUGGCACGCCUACAGGAAUUCAGUGGACAAUAACACGCCUCUCGUCGCGAACCUGCAGCUGCAGCAGACGCGACUAACCCAUUUCCUUGCAGAACAGAGCACAGGAGAUAACCUUGUGCUAGAAGAUGUUCUCUCGCGUAUCCGCAUGGCACAGACUAUUUGCCGGUGUCUUCGAGAUCACCCAAAAUUCCAGGACGAGGAAUGGCUAUCGAUGGUCAAGAGAGUGGACGAUCUUUGGGAACUGGUGAGGGUAGAGUUCCCUCAGUAUAAGUAG